AAUAAUUAACUUUUACUAUUAUUCAAUUUAUAUUUAAGAAAAAGUAUUUUCCAAAACUCAUGUGGUUCGUGCGAGUGAGAGAGAGAUAUCUACACAAAACUGUUUUUCGGUUUUUAUUUGUUUUUAAGAAUUAAGAAGAACACAGUAAAAAAUUCAGAAUUUUAUUUUAAUUUACUUUUAUUAAAUACUGUCUCUAUUUGGACAGUAUUAUCAGUCGUUUUUAGAAAUGUCGGAAGAAUCAGAUUUCCACGUUGACGCUUCAAAAGUGGCCGAGAAUGCUCCAGAUUCACCGAAGAAACCAGUGAAAUCGACGGCAGUUGUUAAAUAUUCAGCUGUUCAAAAUCCAGCGACUUUUGCUGAAUUACAAUGCAACACAGACUUGAAUUUACCACCGAGCAAUUGGCUGAGCAGUUCGGCCGAGAGUUAUGGCCUUCAAAGCGACUGGUCAUCACAAAGCAGAAGUUUUUCUAGUUUUCGUAUGGCGCACAUGUUCCCCGAUUGUGUUGGCGAAGUGGAUGUUGUCUCAGAAGCGGAGAAUAUAAAAAAACUUUUAAAAAUGCCUUACAGUCACGGUGUUAUUUCAAUGGUUGUACAUCGUAUAGAAAAUACAUUGCUUUUAGAUGAUUUCGAUGUUCAUCGAUAUCUUUUGAGACAAGCCGAAACCGAGUGGGAAUGGUUGAAGAAAUUUGUUUGCGAGCAAGUAUUUCAAAAUCUCGGUAACAAGGAGAAACGACUUUUUCAUAAAUCCAGUAGAAAUACAUUGCAACAGAAGAAUUUAGUUUCUAAAUUUCUCUAUCAUUCGCUUGUAUUGGCCGAUAAGGAGAAAGACGCUCAAAAACCAGAAUUGCCCGUUAAGAAUGUAGAACCAUCGCUACCUGAACCGCCUCGUGAACAGGAAUUACCUGAUCCAAAUUGUAAUCAUAAUUUUGCACGUAAUGUUCUUUGGACAUUUGAAAAUAUUCAAAUGUUAAUUGGCACUGACAUGCCAAUAUUUGGAGGACCAACUCAUCCUUGUAUUAGUCUAAGACUUAGAGAUAUGACGAAACCAAUUAGCGUUCUCACUGGAAUUGAUUAUUGGCUCGAUAAUCUCAUGAGUAACGUUCCAGAAGUUAUUAUGUGCUGUCAUCUCGAUGGGAUUGUACAGAAGUAUGAAUUUAUUAAAACCGAGGAUUUCCCGAAUUUGGAAGACGCUAAAUUCAGUCCCAAACUUAUUAGAGAUGUGGCACAGAAUAUUUUGAGUUUCCUGAAGAAUAAUGUUACAAAGGCCGGUCAUACUUACUGGUUAUUUAAGGGUAGAGAUGACGAUGUUGUGAAACUGUACGAUUUGACGUCUCUCUGCAGUGAAGUGAAUGAUGACAAGGGUCAAAGUCCCUUCACUAUACCAGUUGCAAUGCUCCUGUAUCGAGUUGCCCGAAAUAUGAAGUAUUCUUUGGACUACAUUAAAAAUCGAGGAACGAUUCGUAUGCUUUUGAAAAAUUGCAUUCAGCUACUCGAUAAGAAAAAAUAUCCACAAAUUGUCACUUCAGCGCAUUAUAUGUUGUCGGACUUGUACGUCCCAGCUGGAACAAAUCCCAGCAGUCCGGAUUUAAUGGAACAAAACGAUGACGAAGACACACAUAGCGACACUUAUUCGUCUCAUGAAAGUGAUAAAGAAUCUGACAAAAUGGAAGAAGACGUCAGCGCUGCCAUUAAAUCCCUAACACUAACAAGAAUCAAAGAACAAGCAGAAUAUGAAGAGUUCAAAUACAAACCACCGCCAAUUAUCGGAACAGUUGAGGAAAGAUGUAAAGUGGCAUUGGAACACAUUGUCAGCGGUCUUGAGUGUCUCAAAUAUUUCCCCCUUCAAGGUCCAUUUGACGAGGAUCAACAGGAGGAGAAGGAAAAUCAAAAAGAAACGGACGAAGUUCAACAAAUGGCUAAUCCCUUUCAAGCAAUUCCGCUGCCUUACAUCACAUCAAAUGAAAGUGACAAUUUGCAAAAUAAUAAUAGUCCAAGUCAUAAGAAGAAGGCUAAGCAGAAGAAGAAGAAAGUGGAAAAAAAUGCUGCACCAAAAAAAGAAGAGAUGGAAGCAACGAAAACUCUUCUCUGUAAACCAGAAACAUUGCCAACAUGGCAGGCACCAAAGAAAAGUGAUAAUUUAAGUUGGAAUGCGCAUUUGAAAAUUUUACUUUAUGAAAAGGCCGCAUUGACAAUGGGCGUACUUGCAGAAUAUGAAUAUUCAAAUAAAAAUUAUGGCUCUGCUCUCUACUAUAUUGCGGCUGUUUUACGUUGUCAGAAAAUAUUGUCAUUUUGUUUGAUUAAUAAUGAGCAUACAAUGAGUUAUUUUCUGGGCAGAGCUGGUGAUUGUGGUUCUAUGACCGUUCAGGAUUGGAAGAAUGUCGAGAAACAUAGAAAUGACUAUGAAAUGAAAAAUGAAACAACACGAAUUAUUGACGAUAUCUUCGCUCUAGAGGAGUUGGAAAAUUAUGAAACUGAAUUACUGCCGAAAAAGUUUGAGAGUAAAGAAAGUACAUUGGUUGAUUCUUACAAGUGUUACGAAAAAGCAUUGGCAUUACAGCAACCAAAUGUGGAUCGAAAUAAUCUUCUGAAGAGAGUGGGAAACACUCAUAACGAACUUGGCGUUUUGUACUUAAAUAAAGCAACCGGAUGCUAUCAGCAAGAAACUGAAGAUUCUAAAUCUCAUGCCACGGAGGUGGGAAAGUUUCUAGAACUCUCGCAAAAUCAUUUAGAGGCUGGAAUAAAAACAUUCGAAGUUGUUCACGAUGAUGCAAAUCAAGCACUUUUGCUUGCAAACAUUGGUCGUUUAAUGCGAUCGAAAGCUCAUAUGCAAGGGAAAGAAAGAUCGGAUGAACGUCAUUAUUAUGAAAAAGCAAUUGUCUGCUAUCAAAAAGCACUUCAAGUUCUGGGAAAUAGAAAAUGUAAUCGAGAAAUUUGGGACAAUGUGAAUUGGGAAUUAUCCACGACAUUAUUUACAAUGGCAACGCUUUUGCAGGAUUAUCCAGCUAUCGAGAAUAAGAGCGAAGAAGAAUUAGAACGAGAAGUUGUGGAAAUUUUGAAUAAAGCAUUAAAACUUUGUGAUACAAAACUAUCAGGUUCCCGACUACCAAUUUAUCAAUUUCGUACGGCAUCAAUUCACCACAGAUUGUCUUCACUUUAUCACAGAAUAUACAGAAAAACAGACAUGGAAAUUGACAAUGCUAAGAGAAAAAAAUGUUUGCAAUUGUGUGAAUUGAAUUACGAAAAGGCAGCUAAAUUGUUUCUCAUUUUAGAGGAAACGAAACAAUUCCUGACUGUACAAAUGGAAAGAGUGGCAUUAGCUGAAAAUCAGGCGGAAACGUCCACUUUGGUUAAUAGCAAGCUUAAAGCGUUCAAAAAUGGACUUAAAUUGAUUUUACAAUGUCGAGCAGCUAUAUAUAUUUUGUAUAACAAGAAUAAAAGUGAUUUACAAUUUAAGGAGAAUGAGGAAACAAAAGUCGACAGUAUAGAAAAUGAUACUGAUGAUAAGCUAGUGGAAUGUGAGCAAACUAAGGAGGAAAUGAAGGAAAUUGAAGAUCAAGAGAAUCUGAUAAAUUUACUUCAACAGAGAUUAAAGUUCAUACUGUGGUCAUUGGUUAAACUCUGUAUGAAUAAUAAAAACGUUUCGAGCCUUAAAAAAGAAUCCGACAACCUGGAGUUAUACAAGCAAUGCUACAACUUGGCUUUGAGACAAGAACAAUUUUCCGGGAAUGACUUACUAAAAAAUAUGUCGGAAACUUUACAAAAAAUUGAAGACAUAAGUUCGGGUUUCAAUUGAGAAAAGAGGAUAAUAUGUGGCAACGUAGAGUUCAAUAUUCUGCAAACAAUCGAAGAAUUUUAAAAAUAUUUUGGUAUAACUUAUUAUUUUUUUCAAGUACUAAUUUUAAUUACAUUUUUUUUUCAUUUCAAGCAAAGGACAAGUUAUUCGUAAAAAUGAUUUUAUUAUUAAUGCAAAAAAGAUUUUUUAUGCAGAAAAGAUAAAAACAGAAAGAGAACUUUGAAGAAAGUUAAAAAAACAAUUACUGUAAUAACUUGCCAAGUAACAAUUUGCAUUUUCAAUUUUUUCAAAAUACUAAUUUUAUUUUCAAUUCCUUAACUUCGUGUGGAAAAAAUCUUUCGGAAUAGAUUUAUUGCAACAUAGAAAAGAUUUACAAAAUGGAAAAUUAUUUCAAGAAUUAUUGACAUUAACGUUUGGGACUAGAAUUUGCUGUUCUUUUUAUGUGACUAUUUUUGUUUUCCUUUUUUUCUUUUUACCUUUUAAUUAUUCAACGAUUACUUUUUUAAAUAUUCAAGGUUGUAAUGACUGUGAUCAAUGUCAAUGUGAUACCUGACAUUUUCUUAUAUAAUGUAAAUAUUUAUGAAACAUUAUUUAUAAAACAAGCUAAUUUAUAUUUGUGAGAAAAAUAGAAAUAGUGCAGCUUUUUGUUAUUUUCGAAAGAUGGUUUCAAAUAUCGAAUAAUAAUAAAUAAAGAAAGGUAGAAUAACUUUUAUAUAAAACGUUUGUUUCAA